CAACCAUAGCAGCAGCAGCCGGAGCAGCAGUCGAAGCAGCAGCAACAGCAGCAACAAAAACAACAACAACAGCGGCAACUCGAGCCAGAAGCAGAGCCAGAAAUCGAUACCCAUCAAGAUACCAUUGAGCGAGCGUUUCUCGUCGCAGACCUCGACAGGAUCGGCGGACAGCGGGGUGAUCGUCUCGAGCGCCUCCCAGCAGACGCUGCUGCAGCAGCUGCCGCCGGUGCGCAGCAGCAGCGGCUCCCUGAGCCUCCACGGAGCGCAGCCCAAGUGGCAGAAGCGUCGCCAGUUGCUCAGCCAGGACAGUGGCAUCGAGCAUGUGGGGGGCGGCGGUCGCGGAGCGGCUGAGGCCAAGGCAGGACCAGGAGCGCCCAACGAUGGAGUGGCAGGGUCCUCGUCGGCAGCCGGCGGUGGCGAGGGGGCGGGGGGGCAGUCGACCAGCAGCAGCGAAUCGCUGGGCAGCUCCGGCGGAGCAUCCGAUCCGCCGGGAGGACGCAUGCGCGCUGCCUCCGCCCUGGAGCUGAGCAGCGUGGGCGGAGGAGUGGCCCUGGGAGGCGGGGGCAACGCCCUGCGCCGGAUCAAGUACAAGAGCACCAACAGCACCGGCACCCAGGGAUUCGAUGUGGAGGAUCGCAUCGACGAGGUGGAUAUCUGUGAUGAUGACGAUGACGACGACGAUGAUGACGAUGGUCUCCACUUGGUGGAGAACGAGGAGGACGAGGACGAGGAGGAGGAGGACGAUGGCGUGGCUGUGGAUGAUGUGGACGGAGAGGAUCCCGAGGAGGCGGACACCCAAUCGGACACACAGUCCGGGAUAGUGAUCAAUAUGGGCGGCAAAGGCAAAGGCAGUGGCAAAGGCAGUGGCAACGAGACGACCGACCAGCAGCCACUGCCCCUCGACAAGGCCCCUUUGACGGUGGCCGCGGCGGCGGCCAAGAGGCGGGACAUCAAGAGUCUGGCCACCGAUGGGCACAUCUACUUUCCGCUGCUGAAGAUCAGCGAGGAUCCGCACAUCGACGCGCGGCUGAUCAAUCGCAAGGACGGCCUGCAGGACACCAUGUACUACCUGGACGAGUUCGGCAGCCCCAAGCUGCGCGAGAAGUUCGCCCGGAAGCAGAAGCAGCUGAUGGCCAAGCAGCAGAAGGCCCUCCUCAAGCGGGAGCGCGAGGAGCAGCGCAAGAAGCGCAACACCACGGUGGCCUCCAAUCUGGCGGCCAGCGGGGUGGACACCACCACCACCAAAGAACACUGUGAUACAACAACCCUGUCCAGCCGCCAUGCCACCGCAGCCGGUACGAUCCACAAGCGCAGCUCCGACCCCAACCAGCACUCGCAUCUCGACGUCCAGGAGGACGUCCAGAUCGGUGUGGCCGUCGACGACGACGACGACGAGGACGAGGAGCUGCAUCUGGAUGUGGUCAAGCUGCGAGGUCGCAGCCACAGCCACGGCACCAACCACUACGAUGCUAGCUCCAACACCCGCCACCCACAGCACCCACAGCACCACCGCCACACCCACGCCCACGGGGAGGCCCACGGCCGGCAGCAGCAGCAGGAGGAGGAGGACAUCGAGCAGGGGGCCGAGCCCGCCUUCGAUGGCCUCGACAGCCUCGACGACAGCGUCAAGACUGCCACAAACACAAAGCUCUCCAGAACCCAGUCCUGCGUCAGCUGGACCAAAGUGGUGCAAAAGUUCAAGAAUAUCCUAGGUCGCGAUGGUUCCAAAAUUACAACAGUUGUUGCAACACCCGGCCAGGGCACCGAUCGCGUACAAGAGGUCUCCUACACAGACACAAAGGUCAUCGGCAAUGGCAGCUUCGGUGUGGUAUUCCAGGCCAAGCUCUGCGACACCGGCGAACUGGUGGCAAUCAAAAAAGUUCUACAAGACAGACGAUUUAAGAAUCGCGAAUUGCAAAUAAUGCGGAAGCUGGAGCAUUGUAAUAUUGUGAAGCUUUUGUACUUUUUCUAUUCGAGCGGUGAAAAGUUGGCUGAAUUUCCCAUCGAUUUGGGAAUAUUUGCCAGUGUGCUCAAGCCCCAGCGAGAUGAAGUAUUUUUGAAUUUAGUCCUCGAAUAUAUACCAGAAACCGUAUACAAAGUGGCUCGCCAAUAUGCCAAAACCAAGCAAACGAUACCAAUCAACUUUAUUCGGCUCUACAUGUAUCAACUGUUUAGAAGUUUGGCCUACAUCCAUUCGCUGGGCAUUUGCCAUCGUGAUAUCAAGCCACAGAAUCUACUGCUCGAUCCCGAAACGGCUGUGCUGAAGCUCUGUGACUUUGGCAGCGCCAAGCAGCUGCUCCACGGUGAGCCGAAUGUCUCGUACAUCUGCUCCCGGUAUUAUCGCGCACCCGAGCUAAUAUUCGGCGCCAUUAAUUAUACAACAAAGAUCGAUGUGUGGAGUGCCGGCUGCGUUCUGGCCGAACUGCUGUUGGGCCAGCCAAUCUUCCCUGGCGACUCUGGUGUCGAUCAGCUGGUCGAGGUCAUCAAGGUCCUGGGCACACCGACAAGAGAACAAAUACGCGAAAUGAAUCCAAACUACACGGAAUUCAAGUUCCCACAAAUUAAGAGUCAUCCAUGGCAGAAAGUUUUCCGUAUACGCACUCCGACAGAAGCUAUCAACUUGGUGUCCCUGCUGCUCGAGUACACGCCCAGCGCUCGGAUCACACCGCUGAAGGCCUGUGCACAUCCGUUCUUCGAUGAGCUGCGCCUCGAGGGGAACCACACCUUGCCCAAUGGCCGCGACAUGCCGCCGCUAUUCAACUUCACAGAUCACGAGCUCUCGAUACAGCCCAGCUUGGUGCCGCAGUUGUUGCCAAAGCAUCUGGCCAAUCGCUCGUCGGCCGGCGGCCAAGCAGCUGCCGGUGCUGUGAGCGGCUCCACCAGCGUCUCCUCAACGGGCAGCGGCGCCUCGGCGGACGGUGCCGCUUUGGCCCAGGCUGGCGGGACAUCUGGAUCGUCAGUAGUCGGUUCCGUGUCGGGAACAGGAGCAGCCGCUUCGUCCGUCGGUGGACCGGCGACCGGCUCGAGUGCCGGCGGUCAAGGAAACAAUAGCAAUCCCGGCUCCGGUGCGCCGUCCGCCGUUGCGGCUGCCCCGGCUGCCCAGCAGGCAAAUGCCGGCGGCCCUGCAGCCGCCGGCGGUGGUGGCGGCGGCGGUGGUGCGGCGGGUGCUGCCACUGCAGCCGGCUCCAUAGCUGCGACCAAUGCUGGUGGCGCCAACGUGACAGGCUCACAGUCUAACAGCGCUCUGAACAGCAGCGGCACAGCCAAUGGUAACGGUAACGGCAACGGAAACGGGGAGACUACAGCAGCAGGAGGCACCGGAGGCAGUGCCGCAACGCCAGCCGCUGCAGGAGGGGACGAGAAUGGUGCUACAGCAGCAGCAACAGCAGCCGCAGCAGCAGAGACCGAGGCAGAAGCAGCAGCAGCGUCCGGUUAGCGCAACAGCUGCGCUCUGUUAAUGUAAAAUGCUCUUUCUACAGCGUACUGUACUGUUAAUCGCAUAUGUAUGUUUUGUUCGCUCUCGCUCGCUCUCAGGGUUGGAGCAGGCCUAAGUUAGUUUUUUUUUCGCAGCAUUCAGCAUAGGUAACGGAGCGUGAUGGCAACAGAGCCUCAGCCAAUCACACACACACGACCACACCGAAACACCC